GCCCUAUGCCUUGCAGCGGGCGGUGGGUGUGUGCCGGAGGAGGCCGCUCCUGUCCCGAACGCGCCGGGAGGAGGGGGGGGCGUUGCCAUGGCAGCCGGGAGUAGGUGUCACAGCGGGCCACUUCCUGGUUGGAGGCCAAUGUCCCGGGCACCGAGCUGGGGAAAGCGCUGCGGGGAGGAGGCGCCGCCAGGGCUCGGGAGGAGCAGGAGGCCGAGGCGCUGAGGACAUGUAUACCUCUGAGAAAUCUUGGACAAGAUACCUUAGCGUUAAGCCUGCCUGGGACUAUAAGAACAGAGGAUACCAGUCAUGAGUACAGAUGCUGAGCGGGAUUCUGCUAUCAAAAUCGCCCAGGAAAGAGCAGAAAUUGUUGCCAAGUAUGACCGAGGACGAGAAGGCACGCAGAUUGAACCUUGGGAAGAUGCCGACUACCAUCUUUACAAAGUCACCGACAGAUUUGGUUUUCUGCACCAAGAGGAGUUACCCGUCCAUGACUCAGCAUCAGACAGGCAAAAAUAUCUUGAAAUCGAAAGAACGACAAAAUGGCUGAAGAUGCUGAAAAGUUGGGAAAAGUACAAGAACACCGAAAAGUUUCAUAGGAGAAUUUAUAAAGGAAUCCCGCUGCAGCUGAGAGGCGAAGUUUGGUCUUUGUUGCUUGACGUCCCUAAAAUGAAAGAAGAAAUGAAGGACUAUUAUAAUACCUUAAAAACCCAAGCCAGAAUGAGCUCCCCAGACAUCAGGCAAAUAGAUCUAGAUGUCAACCGGACGUAUCGGGAUCAUAUCAUGUUUAGAGAUAGAUACGGAGUGAAGCAACAAUCCUUAUUCCAUGUUUUAGCUGCAUACUCUAUAUAUAACACAGAGGUUGGCUAUUGUCAGGGGAUGAGCCAGAUCACAGCUUUACUCCUUAUGUACAUGAACGAAGAAGAUGCCUUCUGGGCCCUGGUAAAACUGCUCUCGGGACCCAAGCAUGCUAUGCACGGUUUUUUUGUGCCUGGUUUUCCAAAGCUGUUGAGGUUUCAAGAGCAUCAUGACAAAAUAAUGAAGAAAUGUUUGUCGAAGCUGAAGCAGCAUUUUGAAUCCCAGGAGAUCACCACAAGCUUUUACACCAUGAAGUGGUUUUUCCAGUGUUUCCUUGAUCGUACUCCCUUUAGGUUAACCCUCAGGAUCUGGGAUAUCUACAUACUUGAAGGGGAACGGGUUCUCACUGCGAUGUCUUACACCAUUUUGAAAAUGCACAGAAAACACCUGAUGAAAUUAGAAAUGGAGGAACUCGUCGAAUUUCUUCAGGAGACUCUUGCCAAAGAUUUCUUCUUUGAAGACGACUUUGUCAUCGAGCAGCUCCAGAGCUCCAUGGCGGAACUGAAACGUGCGAAGUUGGACCUGCCGGCAGCGGGUAAAGAUGAUGAAUUUCCAAAGAAGAAGUUGGGGAAAAUUCCACUUGAACCUCAGCCAGCUAUUCUUAACCUUACCCAUCUGCUAAACGGACAGAGCGGUACCAGUGGGUUGAACAGUACUCAGGAGGUCCAACGAACAGAGCAAAGGGCACCUGUGGAGAAAGUCCAAGAAAGCUCACCCAAUCACCGAAGAAGAAGAAAUUCUGUGGAAAAGAAGCCUUCUUUGAGACAGCAGAAGCUUAUACCAGCAGAUACGUGGGGCGAUUUGCCAAAGAACGACACCGACAGCCAGAAGAAGCUUGAUGUUCGAGUAGAGGCCAACAACACCAAGCAAAACCACAAUGCAGCUGCAAACCAAAACUCCAACGCGGCUUCAAAUGCAAGAAGGGAAUUUGUGCCCAGGUGGAAUAAACCUUCUGAGAUCAAAAUCAUUGAAAAGACUGCAAAGCGAACCAUGGACAUCAAGGGUAGCAGGCCUGCAGACCAUUCUGGUCCAGGAACACCUCCUAGCCCUCGUGGAGACACGCAGCUUUUCAAUGCAAAGCAAAAGAUAAAGGUUUUGGAUGUCGACGAGGGUAAGCGCGGGUCAAACGCUUCGCAGUAUGACAACGUUCCUGGUGCUGAUCUAGAGAACGAAAAUUCUGCGGAUGAGGUGCUGGAGAGGAGCCUUCCUCAAAGUCCCAGAAAUCCAGCUUAUUCUAGCAGUUCAAGGAAGCUGGCAGAGAAAACAUCUAGCCCACCAAAAAUAUCCAAUAACUAUGCCUUCAGCUCACAGCCAAGGGUGCCCAGAUAUUCUUCUCAAUCCGAUGCGGCAGAUCUUGGACACAGCAUCAAACCACCACCACCAUCUUACAGUAAUCCACCUAUUUACCAUGGGAAUUCUCCAAAGCAUGUUCCCAACAUGGUUCACUCAAGCUUCAUAUCCACACAGUAUAAUCAUGGUAAUUCAACCAACUCUUCCGGUCGAUCGUAUGCACCUAGCCUUCCUACAGAGACUUUUGCUGAUAAACCACGUGUAAAUUACUCUGUCAGUCACCAGAAUCUCAUUGUUACACCUUCUAGUCGAAUAGAGGUUCUCCCUGUUGACAACUAUGCAAGCAAUCCUAAAUCGCCUCCAGGUGUCAGAUUUGUAAUUCCUCCAGUGGAUUAUUGGCAAGAUAAUAGAAGGAGGCCAGAUCCUCCUCAUAUGUACAGACAGGAUGCUUAUGGGCAGUCCCGAAGCCAAGAAGGUAGCCGAAGUCACUUGGGUAACUUGAAGAAAUACACCCCUUUCCAGCCAAUGCCUGUAAAAGAUCUUCCGACCGUUUCCGUGGAUAGCCCUAUAAGAUACAGGACUUCUCCACCCAUGGGAGAACAUGACUCACCACAUUAUCGAUACCCAGGUCCCACAGGCUCUGCCCACCACUAUAGACACCAGACUGAUGGAAUGUCAGUGCAUGAAUCAGUAAUGCUGUGAGAGACUGUACAUGGCUACUAUGAAGGCUAGGAGGAAAAAUAUUCAAGGUUCACAACUCUCUGGGGUUGAUCGUUAGUCAAGAUCAAUCAUUUGCCCUCUCCUCCCCACAGGAUAAUUCAUAUAAGAAAUCCACGAAGUAAUAACACUACUUUGUGACUGUGUUAAAUGUUGUCAAGAGCUGGCACUCUGUACUGGAUAUGGAAUAUCAGAUUCUAAUGAACGUAGCAAUAGCAUAAUAUGUUCCACAUUUACGUAGAUUACACCUGGGGAAAGUACCUUGCUGCCUAAAAUCUGUUUUUAAAAAACUGUGCGCACACAACUUUAAGCUGCUUUUUGACUAACACUACAACCAGUUGUGUUUAUUUAAUGGCUAGAGAAUUUCAGUGAAACGUAGAGGGUUGUAUGUUGUUAGACUGUACCCACAAAGUUAUUUUAUUUUUAAUUUUUAUUAAUUUAUAAAUCACCCAUUCACUUAGAACGGGUGGUGUUUCUGGAUGUUCUUAUAUCCACUGCCUCAGUAACCCAGGAACAAUAACUCCGGGUUAUCCAGUGCAGUCUUGAUAGGGGAAUGCCUAUGUUUGUUCCUUGGAUAGAAUGACCAGGUGAGCAUCCACCGCAAAGACGUGCUGAGAUGGUCUAUGAAUGGUGCUUCUAACAUUUGGAUGG